GAGAGAGAGAGAGGGGACAGGGGAGUGAUCUGCUCCGACGGUGUUGACGAGUUUAAAACGCAGAUCUCAAUGAUCUCAAAUCCAACGGUGAGGAUUCGUCUUCCGAAUCAUCAGAGAAAAUAUCAAAACAAACAAAUAUACCUUUACUUUCUCUAUUCUCUCUCUCUCUCUCUCUCUCUCUCUCUCUCUCUCUUCGUUUCUCUUCCACAGAAAAUUUCAACGCCGGCCGGUGCUGGAGGUGGUGGUGGUGGCGUAGCUUGCGUCUCCUCAGAUCUGAAUCCUCUCUCUCCUGAUCUAUCUGAGCAAGUUAUAUAUAUUUGAAAUCGCCAUGGCUGCUCCGCCUGCAAGAGCUCGAGCUGAUUACGAUUAUCUCAUAAAACUUCUCCUGAUCGGCGACAGCGGUGUGGGUAAGAGUUGCCUUCUUCUGCGUUUCUCUGAUGGGUCCUUCACAACCAGCUUUAUUACAACCAUUGGCAUUGAUUUCAAGAUAAGGACCAUUGAGCUUGAUGGAAAACGUAUCAAAUUGCAAAUCUGGGAUACUGCUGGUCAGGAACGGUUUCGAACUAUUACAACUGCUUAUUACCGUGGAGCCAUGGGUAUUUUGCUCGUGUAUGACGUCACUGAUGAGUCAUCUUUCAACAACAUCAGGAAUUGGAUUCGUAAUAUCGAACAACAUGCUUCUGACAAUGUUAAUAAGAUUCUUGUGGGCAACAAAGCUGAUAUGGAUGAAAGCAAAAGGGCUGUCCCCACUUCUAAGGGCCAAGCCCUUGCUGAUGAAUAUGGCAUUAAAUUUUUCGAGACUAGUGCUAAAACAAAUUUAAACGUGGAGGAGGUUUUCUUUUCAAUAGCUAGGGAUAUCAAGCAAAGACUUGCCGAUACCGACUCGAGGGCCGAGCCACAGACAAUCAAAAUUAACCAACCGGAUCAGGCAGGGGGUUCUGCCCAAGCCGCACAAAAAUCAUCUUGUUGCGGGUCUUAAGAGGCCAAGGAAAUCGCGAUUCGAAAUGGUUAACUUUUCAAAAGCAACCAUCUCCAUGAUCCAUCCUUUGGCUGGAAAAAAGGAAAAACCUGAUUUUGGUACCAACUAUGUCACUGGCGAUUGUAUUGCUUUUCUCUAUGUCAUAAUUCUAAAGUUAGUUUGGGUGUGAAAGGUAGACCAAGUAUUUUCUUACCAAAUUAAUUACAUAUUAUUAGUUCAUUUUCUUUUCAACUUUUUUAUUAUAUUAUUAUUGUUAAUCUUUAUUGAGCUUGGAAAAAGAGUAUAUAUAAAAACCAUUUCUUUUAUGGUA